AUGGAGGAAACAUUGGCGCAGAAGGCCCCGGGUGCGGACUCGGGGCCUGCAUACAAAGCCUCUCGAGGCAAGUCGUCGGCGAGAACCCAGGCGGCAAGCUCGAAUGAGGCAUCGGCGUCGAAAAGACGCUGUGUCAGCACGGCGUGUAUCGCUUGUCGAAGGAGGAAGUCCAAAUGCGACGGCAACCUCCCCAGCUGUGCGGCCUGUUCUUCCGUGUACCAUACGACAUGUGUCUACGACCCCAACUCCGAUCACCGCCGCAAGGGCGUGUAUAAGAAGGACACCGACACGCUCAGAACCAAAAACACAACGCUUCUGACCCUGAUACAGGCCUUGCUGAAUUACGAAGAGGAUGACGCUUUUGAGCUGGUACGACAGAUCCGAUCAUGCGACAACUUGGAGGAUGUUGCCCAGUCGAUCAUAGGCGAGCAGAAGGAUUCGAUGGCGGCCACAGGGGACGCAGUGCUUACUGGGGAUGAGACCUCGUCCCCGGCAGAUCAGUUCGAAUCUGAGCUUUCCGGCAAGAUGAGUGAGCUGAUGCUGGAUGGCUCUCGCAAGCUUAUCGGCGGCACCUCAAACCUAAUCUUUUUACCGCCUGGCUCCGAGCUUAAUGAAUUCAACUCAUCUAUGGAUGAUCAUGGGCUCGAUCUGACACAGGAUUGUUCGGUCACCAAGUGGACUAGGGUGACUAACGACGAGCAGCUGAUCAGUCACCUCUUGACCAUGUACUUUACAUGGCACUAUCCCUUUUUCACCACUCUGUCCAAAGACCUCUUCUAUCGGGAUUAUAUCCGCGGGGUUUCCAGCCAAUAUUGCUCGUCUUUACUGGUCAAUACGAUGCUGGCUCUAGGCUGUCAUUUUAGCACCUGGAACGGGGCUCGAGAAGAUCCUGGAAACUCUGCGACGGCGGGAGACCAUUUCUUCAAGGAAGCCAAACGGCUGGUCCUUGAGAAUGACGAGCACGUAAACGCUAAGCUCUGUACCGUUCAAGCGCUCGCCCUCAUGUCUGUCCGGGAGGCUGGGUGCGGGCGCGAAGGCAAGGGUUGGGUUUACAGCGGAAUGAGCUUUCGCAUGGCGUUGGACCUAGGCUUGAAUUUCGACUCGACCACCUUUGGGGCACGCAACCUCGACGAAGAGGAACUCGACGCGCGGCGAAUCACCUUUUGGGGCUGCUUCCUGUUUGACAAGUGCUGGUCUAAUUACCUCGGUCGCCAACCGCAGUUGCCAACAUCUAGUGUCAGCAUUCCAAAGAUGGAUAUUCUACCCAACGAGGAAGCUGGACAUUGGUCCUCGUACACUGACACUGGAGCAAUCCGUGAAACUGCCCAGCCAUCGCGAACGAGGACGGUGGCGCUUCAAAUCGCAAAACUCUGUGAAAUAAGCGGCAACGUGCUUGUGUUCUUCUACGACCCGACCCCCAGGGAGCGGCCUCUUUCCAAACAGGCCGAGGUGAAAAAGCUUUCCGACAUGCAUACGAAGCUGGUUGCUUGGAAACGAGAAUUACCCGUGGAGUUGGAACCAAAGGAAGGGCAACUCCCUCAAGCCCUUCUCAUGCACAUGUUUUACCAGCUGCUCUUUAUACACCUAUAUCGACCAUUUCUCAAAUACACCAGAGCCAACUCCCCGCUCCCCGCAUACGCUUCACCUCGCAAACUAUGCACUCAAGCUGCCUCAGCAAUCUCCAAGCUCCUUCGAUUAUACAAACGCACCUACGGCUUCAAGCAGAUUUGCAAUAUUGCAGUUUAUAUCGCACACACGGCUUGUACGAUUCACUUACUCAACCUGCCCGAAAAGAACGCCCAGAGAGAUUUUGUUCAUGGUCUCCGGCACCUGGAGGAGAUGGGCGAGAGCUGGCUUUGCGCCAGACGUACACUGCGAAUCCUUGACAUAUCUGCCAACAAAUGGCAGGUAAGUCUCCCGAGCGAGGCGACGAUAAUAUUCGAGCAGACGCAUGAAAAAUGGGGCUCUUGGGGGUCGUGGGACCAAGCAUCAUCUCCCACUAAUUCCGACAUACCCUCGCCCAUAGCUCCGCCGCCCGCAGUCACCACGCAGCCCUUGGGAUCGCCUGAGAGGCUUGCGUCUCUGAAUGAGCACGUCGGGUUUUCGGUCUCGGCCUCCCAACCCUCGAUGGGGGCUGUAAGUUCUCGAUACCCUGCCGGGGGGUCGAUGUCGGAGACUGUCUCGGCUAUGCGCACCGCCCAUCGGGCUGCCAGCGCGCAGAUUGCUCGAACAGAUGUAUCACUCCCGGAGCCAACGUAUCUGAGGCCACUUACGCAUGCUUAUGGCCCGCUGCAGCCUGUCCCGCUGGCCCAGCAUGACGCAUGGUUCAACCCAAACGAACCACAAAUAAGUGCCAUGGGUUCUGGGCAAAGCAUCCCUGCCACCGCAGACUCAUCCCCAGUCACGAGCUUUGACACCCCGGAAAACCUCGUGGAAGAGAGUCAAGACUGGUGGUCUCGUGACCCGCACGCCCUGAAUCUGGCGAUGGGAAGCUGGAACCAGAGCUGGAACCCUGGAUUCCCAGGCCCGACAUCCGAUCCGCGUUUUGAGAACUACGUUCCUAAUCCCCAACAGCCGUCAGACCCUGACAGUCAUACCUCCCGACCACAGCCACCACCACAAGCACACCCAGCCAGAUUCUCCACCGGAAUGGCCUCUGGCGUCGUGCGGCCUGACCCAGGUCCCACCGUCCCCGGAUUCACCAACAUAGAAUUCUCCAACAACUUCCAACAAUAA